AGCCUGCUUAGUGAUGUCAUCAGAGCCCGACAGAGUCGGUUGUUCAGACAUGGCGGAAGCAGCGGAGUCUGAGCGAGAAGACGCUACUCUUCCUCCGUCUUCUCUUUCUGCACCCGCUGACCUCUCUGCUGUGGAAGUGGCCGCGGGGCAGGAGAAGGAGUCUGCGGAGGUUAAGGUGGAGGUACCGGGUGUAGAGAUUAAAAGCAAGGAAGCUGCAGAAUUGGCCCUUGGAGAACUGGAGGAAUCUACAUCACAGGCCUGUGCGGCCAAGAAAAUAAAAAUAGAGAUAAAGGAUAAAAAAGAGAAAAAGCACAAAGUUGAUGAAGAUGAAAUCCAAAAAAUGCAAAUAUUAGUUUCUUCUUUUUCUGAAGAACAAUUGAAUCGUUAUGAGAUGUAUCGCCGAUCAGCUUUUCCUAAGGCUGCUAUUAAAAGGCUGAUCCAAUCAAUUACUGGAACCUCUGUUUCUCAGAAUGUGGUCAUUGCUAUGUCAGGAAUUUCCAAAGUCUUUGUUGGGGAAGUGGUAGAAGAAGCACUAGAUGUAUGUGAGAAGUGGGGAGAAUCACCACCUCUGCAGCCAAAACAUAUGCGUGAAGCAGUCAGACGUCUGAAGACACGAGGACAGAUCCCCAACUCAAAAUAUAAAAAAAUUCUCUUUCACUGAAGAGGCAGUAGGGAAGGAGUCUUUAAUGGGAUGGUGAGGUUUCAGCUUGGAGCAGAUGAAAGACUCUUGCUGAUGGUGUCUUCAGAGGGCUUAAAGCCUCUAAAACAUGUAUCAUAUUUAAGGUCUCUCUGGUAAGGAAUAAGCUGUUUCUGAAAUUGUGGACCACUGAAGACCAGCAAUUCAGCAGGUUGUUUGGACUGAACAUAUAAGCAUUUUGUAAGUAUGUGAACAGCAGCCUUACUGCUGUUAUGCCAGCUGGUUAUGCUAGCCUCAUGGAACUUUUUUACAGAUUUCUUGUAAUUGGAAAUAAAUACAUCUAAAGAAGAAAUGUUACUGGUGGGAACCAAUAAGAAACUCAGUAAAGAAAAGGUUUAAAUUGUGU